AUGGAGGACUGGAGGGCACGAUGGCCCAUCCCUUACCUGCGGGCCCUGUGGUCCGUGGUGCGGCCACCGCUCGUGAGAUAUCGGGAGAUCGCCCCAGCAGCCGGGCUCAUCUACGCUAUCUGGCAGAGGCGGCAAUGGCAAAAGCAGACCGAGUUGCAGGCCCUGGCAGUCAGAGAGGGGCGCUUCAUGGAGCAGUGCUCUAUCCUGCUGGUGAACCUCGAAGGUUUGACCUGCGGUGCCAACCUUUCUUCCACGGUGUCCAUCCAGACACUGUUUACGCGGACUCUGAAGUCACUGAUGUUCGACAACGAGAAGAUGGUGGAGUUGGUUUCUUACGCAGCCGAGAGGGCCACCCCUUCACAACCACUCCUGGAACUGGGUGGGGACGGUUGGCUUGUCAUGGCGAACAUCAACGCUCACCUCAUGGAGGCCCUGGGCUCCAGCGGCCACGCGGCAGCAGCCUGUGGCUUCCCGGUGCGGGUGGUGGAGUUUCUCUACGCGCUGGUCAAUGAUCGGACGACCAAAUCGCGGCAGCAGCUGCGAGUCUAUGUGGUGCGCGAGAGCGACUUGCGCAACAUUCCGGAGGCGGCUGCGUUGGAUCUGCGACGGAGCAGCCACCGGAACGCGUACGGCGUUCUGCAGAGCAUGGCAAGGUCGUAUUCCGUCCCUCCGCCACAAAUGCGAAAGCACAACGUGCUGGGCAUGACGAAGUUCUCGUGGGCCAUGGUUUGCGAUAUGUUGGCGCUAGCCAGAGCCCAAGCUAUCGAAAGGAACCCAGGGGCUCCUAUGUUCGACUUCGGCAAAGUCUGCGGCCCGGAGGUCGCUCUGAAGGGUCAGCUCGCGCAGCUUCUAGAUCUCCGAUACGGCUCCGCGAAGCAGGAUCGCCGGCUCGCCAUAGCCAGGCUUUGGGGCAUCGGUUUCCCACAGGGAGCCUUGGUCCAGCUGGAUGCCGGGCCCUUGAACGAAGCAGAGCUCGGAAUGGCCUUCCGCAUUGCCUUCGUCGCCUCCCUGGUCGGCAAGGUGGUGUCCCUGCUGGGAGAGAUUCAGGGAAAGAUCGAAGAGGAGGGCAAGGCCGAGGAUGUGAAGAUCGCUGAGUACAAGGCCAUCUGCGAGAGGAGGCCGUGGGAGGUAGCGGCCUCCACGAUUGGAGAGACCCAGGAGAGCCUGGCCGGCAACGAGGCAGACCUCAAGGCCCUCGGGAGAAAAACAUCGGCGUUCUGCUGGGCGAAAGAGGGAGAACUGUACUACAGCUUCGCCUUAUCCUACCAAGGUGCCUUGGUGCAGGUGAAGGGCGUGGGGGACAGCAAAGCCCUGCAUAGCCUCGUGGAGGGACCCGGAACGCCAGACUGUAUCAACCCUUUCAAGGGUCGUCUAUCUCGUGACGAGUUGCUCACGGCAGACCACAUUUUGCUGCAAGAGAAAACGCAAGCCCAUGUCGGAUUCAACAAGGAUCGUUUCGACGAGGACCAGGUCCGUGAGCUGCGCCGCAAGGAGUCCGAGGCAAAGCACAGCUUCGAGAUGGUGAAGCAGUCCCUGGAGGAUCUCCAGCUGACCAAAAUUUCGCUGGCCGAGGAUGAGCAGACCUUGAGCGACUUCGUGGCUGACUGCCAACAGGAGGUCGCGGCCUACGAGGACGAGACAAAGAGUCGAGCUUUGGAGAUGGAGGCCUUGAAGACGGCGAAGGCGGCUCUGAUGGAGUCCUCCGGGAUGUCCUUCCUGCAGCUGGAGCAGGUCCACGACAGGUCCUCCAUCCGCAACAGCCAGGACUUGAAGCACUUCGAGGUGGUGCGCCUGGUCCGUAGCCUCGGCCAGAAGCUUGGAGACCACCAGCUGGUGCUGCUCUCAAGGCGCAUGGACUCCAUGCUGCGCACGGAGGCCGGGGCUUCCGCAGACGUCUUCGAGAAGAUUAAGACGAUGAUCACAGACAUGAUCACCACGAUGAAGGAGAAUCUGCAGGCAGAUGCCACGAAGAAGGCUUACUGCGACUCAGAGAUGGGCAAAGCCAGCGACAAGAAGGCCACGAAAGAGGCGGACAUGGACAGCGUGAGCACCAAGAUCGACAGCGCCGCCUCCAAGUCGGCUUCCUUGAAGAAGGAAGUGGCCGACAUCAACAAGGAGUUGGCGGUGUUGGCAGAGACCGAGGCGAACAUGACAAAGCUGCGGCAGGAAGAGAAGUCCUUGUUCGCCAAGAAGGAGCCGGAGACCUUGAAGGGCAUGGAGGGCGUGAAGACGGCACUGAGGAGCCUGCGCGAUUUCUACAAGGCCUCCGGCGUGGAGGUGACUUCGGGCGAGCGCAAGGGAGCCGCCGGAGGCGUCAUUAGCCGCCUUGAGGAUGUGGAGGCUGACAUGGCUAUGAGCUUGAGCCAGAUGCGCUCCUCUGAGAAGACCGCCGAGAUGGGUUUCAAGAAGGACAUGCAGGACAUGAAGAUCGAUAAGUCGCAGAAGGAGAAGGACAUUCAGUAUAAGACCCAGGAAGCCCAGAGGCUCGACUCUGAGUUGAACAACUUGAACUCUGACCAGGAGAGCCUGGAGACAGAGAUGGGUGCACUGAUGGAGUUCACCAAGGGCCUGCGCUUGCCCCGGUCUACGCCCCGCGCCUUCCGCUCCUUCGCGCAGGGCAUCCGCGGCUUGGCGCGAGCCCAGGCCAUCGCCGAUGCUGGUCUUCCCGCGGAUGUUGAUGUCGUCUCCCUGGUGCGGCGGAUUGCAUUGACCCUCGCGUUCCCGGAGACUUUUCAGAAGGCAAUCGCCCUGAUGUUCGAAAAACUUGCAGAGCCGCACGGCUUCGACGACGUGCACGUUCUGCAUGUUCGGCACGUGCCAGAAUUGCUGGCUCACUGGGGCAUUCCCGAGGAUCAGAUCUCCAUCUUUUGGGCACAGCUUCGCAAGCAGGAGGCGUACUUCGAAUCGAAGGUGCUUCCGGAGUACAUCACCCUGAAAGAUGUGGAGGUCGUCCUGUUGAAGGUCUUGCGGAGAGUCCGGGACAAGUACUCCACGAGCAGGGUGAGCCGGGAUCAGUUCGUCACGCAGAAUACCAAGAAGUUCGACCAGGAGUACUCAAUGAUGGACUCCUGUGGCAAGGGCUCGUUCGGUGAGUGCUUCUGGGUCUCGCACCGCGUCUCGAAAGUUCGACGGGUGUGCAAGCGCAUUCCGAAGGAAGAAACAACACUUCCCGAGGAGGAGGUGCAGACUGAGCUUGAAAUUCUAAAAAAGCUGGACCAUCCGAAUGUUCUGCGGGUUUUCGAGUGGUUCGAGGAAGAGUUCUCCUUCCUUCUGGUCGUUGAGGCGGCUGUGGGCGGCGAUCUCCGACAGCUUCUGACCAAAGCUCGUCAGGAGCACUUCGAAGAUGGAGAGGCCAAGCCCCACCCGGGCAUCGACGAGAAUCUCGCUCGCGAGCUGGUCGAGCAGGCACUUCAGGGCUUGGCCUACGUCCACUCGAUGAGCGUCAUCCACAGGGACAUCAAACCGGCGAACAUGCUUCUGGCAUCGGCAGACAUGCAGAAGCCGCGUUUGCUGCUCGCAGACUUUGGUGUGGCGGAAAUCUUCCAGGAGUGUGCCAGCGCUGUGGUGAAGGGAACCGUCGCGUACAUGGCACCCGAGGUGUUCUCCAACGAAACUACGGCCGUAUCGGACGUGUGGGCCAUGGGAGUUGUGGUCUACGAGCUGCUGGCAUCGGAGCGACCCUUCAAUGCCGAGAACCCUAUGGCCAUGUACGCGCAGCUGAAGCUGACGCAGCUGAACCUUGAUCCGGUGAGGCGAGCGGAAGCCUCGAACGCAGCGGUGAACUUCAUUCAGCGCCUGCUCGUGAAGGAGGUAGCGAAGCGACCGCUCUGUCGCGAAGCUUUGCGUGACGAGUGGUUCUCCGGCGUCGAGAAGCAAAAGUCACUGAGCGGCCGCCAAGCCAGGAAGGCGCGGAAGAGCAUCGCCAACUUUGCACAGAUGAGCUUCUUCUCAAAGGCAGCCUUGAACUGUGUGGCGGCUCAGUUGGAUACGCACAAGAUCGAGAAUCUGGCGGAAGCCUUCGCCGGUUAUGAUGCCGAUCACGAUGGACGACUCAGCACCGCGGAGUUCGCGGCCGGCUUGGCAGAAAUGGGCGUCGACGUGGACGUCAUCGACCAGUUGGUGGCCAGUGUUGAUAUGGACUGCGAUGGCCAUAUCAACUACACCGAGUUUGUGGCUGCGCUGCUGCAGGUCCAAGGCAAGCUGAUCGACGACGUCGUGUAUCACGCCUUUCAGAUUUUCGAUCUCAACGGAGAUGGUCACAUCUCCUUGGACGAGCUUCGGAGCAUGCUCUCGGGUGGCGGUCCUCUGUCCGCCGUUCUGCCAGAUGGGAAGACAGUGGAGCAGGCAUUACAGGACUUAGACACUUCGCAAGACGGCGUCGUCUCGUUUGACGAGUUCAAGGCGUACUUGACACGGGAGAGCCAGGGUGCGAGCCAGAACAAAAGUCCCGAAGAUUCCAUCGAGGUGGAUGUGCGCCAAAGCCUGGACGUGGUCUUGCAGCAGUUAGCGUCCCUGGUGGGCCGGCCAGAGGCAGAGCUACUUCGCCAGUCCAAACGUCUGGCGCAGGAGCACUGGAUCACAACGGUUUCGGAUCUGAAGCAGCUGAACAGUGUGGACUGGCCUCGACUGGGCUUGCCCUUGAAGCUGGAGCAGGUGCUACGCCGGCAAAUUGCAGCGUGA